AUUUCAAGCCGGCUUUUUGUAGAGGGAGGUGCAGAUAGCCGUCUUUCCAGAUUUUCCUUACAGCCUCUAAUCCGUGGGCCUAAUCUGACACAUGGUCAGUGGGUUACUAGUUUGCAGUCCAGCAAUUAUGUUAGCGGCCUCUCUCUUCUUUUUAUUUUCUAAUCCACUGCACGGCUGAUAAAAAUGGCAGGAGCAAGACUCUUCGUGUUUCCAGCUUUUGUAUUAGGCUUAACCGUCGUGUCGGCAUACGUCGAAGAACUCGAUGACAAGUUUAAUGAGAACCGAAAGAGUGAGCCGUGGCUAGUGGAGUUUUAUGCUCCGUGGUGUGAGUACUGCAAGACGUUCGAGCCGAUAUGGUAUGAUGUGGGUGCGGAGCUGAAGAGUUUGGGCUCCCCCGUUAAUGUGGGCAAGCUUGACACUACAGCCCACAGCAGUGUUCUUUCAGACUUUAAUAUUCGUGGAUAUCCAGCAAUAAUCCUUGUGAAAGGAGAGAAGUCUUUCGAGUAUAGAGGCCCAAGGACAAAAGACGGCAUCAUCGAGUUCACCAACAGAGUCGCCGGGCCAGUGGUGCGGCCCUUGACCAGUGCCCAGUUGUUCCAGCAUGUCCUGAGCCGACAUGACCUUUUCUUUCUUUACAUCGGAGGGAGGUCACCCCUUAAGGGCCAGUAUCAUAAAGUGGCAGCUGAAUUUAUCAUCUACAACUAUUUCUUCUCUGCCUCCGAGGAGGUUUUGCCGCAGGCAGUAAGUCUGCAAGAGGUUCCGUCCAUUGCAGUGUUCAAAGACGGAACAUACUACCUCUAUAACGAGAAGCGUGAUGGCAAUCUUUCGGACUGGGUGGGCCGAGAACGCUUCCGCUGUUAUUUCCAGAUGGACAGCUUCACUCUCUACCAGAUGGGAGAAACAACCAAACUUGUAGCUUUGGCUAUAGUGGAUGAGACGAAUCCAACAACGGAGAGUGUUCGCUACAAGGCACUCAUGGAAAAGGUGGCGACAGAAUACAGAGACCAUUACAACACGAACUUUCAGUUUGGAUACAUGCAGGGAAAUGACUACAUCAAUGGCUUCAUAAUGGGUGAGCUGGCCCUGCCUUCUCUCAUCGUGAUGAACAUGACCAUUGAUGGAUAUUAUCUCCCAGAGCAGAAGGUUGAGACCAUGGAAGAGCUGCUUCAGUUCCUCAAUAGCGUCCUGAAUGGGAGAUCAAAGUUGCUCGGAGGGAAUGGAUAUGUGCGACGCAUGAAAAGACUUUAUUACCGUGUCACGUCUGCGGUAAAGACGGGCUUCGCGUCUGCGCCCUUCGUCACCUGCUUCCUCCUCUCGCUGCCAGUGGGUCUGGUAGUCAUGAUCGUUUGGGGGGUGUGCACUGCGGUACCGGUGGACGAAGAUAAAGCAGAUGAAGGUGCUUUGUUGGCGACGGGGACCCGUCCUGCGGCCUCUCAAAGGAAAAGGACAGAACAGACGUCCAAUGAAUCCAAGAAAGAGGAUUAACGGAACAACUUUAAGGCUGCACAUGCUUACAUGGCUGACAGUGAAUGAAAGCAAGUAGCCACCAAUUAGCAUGAUGUCGUUGUACUCACUGUUAGCAAGGUUCGCUUUUUUGGCUGAACUUUUCCUUUAAUGUGACCACAAGUGGCUCAUUGUUACGAUUCUGUAAACUAAGAAUAAAUAAUACUGCAUUUUGUUGCC